GUUCUGAUCCUCCUCCACACACACAAUUUCCAUCCUGGACGUCUCAACACCGCCGCACUCCCUCUGCAACAGAUGUCUGUAAGCUAAGCAGCUCAGUGGAGGAGUUCCCUCGCUGCUAGUGCUAUUCCACCUGCAGCCAUGAACGGCUCUGCUAGUGUGUGGUCCAUCACUCCAGAGGAGCGAGGCAAACAUGACAAACAGUUCGACACCCUCUCCCCCAUCCUUGGAUAUGUCUCAGGGGAACAAGCCAGGAAAUUCUUCCUGCAGUCUGGACUCCCCGCGUCUGUCCUGGCAGAGAUCUGGAAUCUGGCUGACAUGGACAGCGACGGAAAAAUGGACCGGUUGGAGUUCUCCAUCGCCAUGAAGCUUAUUAAACUCACACUGCAGGGACGGAACUUGCCCACCGUCCUGCCCAUCGCAAUGAAGCAGCAGCCUGUGUCCAACUCUGCUUCCAACAUUUCUUCAUCGGCGCGUUUUGGGAUGGGCUCUAUGCCUAACCUCACAGUCGGUUAUUCAUCCAUGUCCUCCAUGCCCAUCCUAACACCCAUCCCGGCUAACUCCCCCAUGCCCUCUGUCCAACCACUGAUGCCCAUGACUCUGCCUCUCAUGCCUGCCUAUGGCAACUGUGGACUCCCAAAUGGGAAUAUGAAUCUCCUGACGUCACCUCUUGUACCCAACAAUGCAGCUCUGCCUCUGUCCGGCUUCUCAUCUCCGAUGACUUUCUCCCCUCCAAACAGUGUCUCCAAGGCCAACUCCCUUCUUGACCUUGGAUCCAGCAGUUCAAACUCUUCAUCCACCACGUCAUUGACCAGCAACUCCCCAAAAACAGGCUCCAGUGACUGGGCCGUCCCGCAAGCUUCUCGACUCAAGUACCGGCAGCAGUUCAACACGCUGGAUAAACUCAUGAGUGGCUACUUGUCAGGUCCUCAAGUUAGAAAUGCUCUGAUUGCAUCCAACUUGACCCAGACUCAACUCGCCACCAUAUGGACUCUGGCAGAUGUAGACAAAGACGGUCAACUUCGGGCUGAUGAGUUCAUUCUGGCCAUGCACCUGGUGGACAUGGCUAAAACUGGCCGGCCUCUCCCGCUGACACUGCCUCAAGAUCUGGUCCCGCCUCCACUGAGACCGCCGAGCAAGUCCACUGAGAUGGUCAACGGGAGUGGGCCUUAUAUCUCUCCUUGUUUAAUCGAGACGGCUGAGAUCGAGCUUCAGCAGAAGAGUAAAAGUGGUGUCUCCUUCGAGGACAAGCUGAAGGAAAACUUUGCGAAAGGGAGCGCCGAGCUGGAGAAACGCCGGCUGGCGUUAGCGGAAGAGCAAAGAAAAGAGCGGGAGAGGAGAGAGAAAAAAGAGCGGGAGGCUCAAGAGCGCAGAGAAAGGGAAGCCAGGGAGAAGGAAAACCAGAGAAGGUUGGAGGAAGAACGACGCCUGGAGAGGCAGCGAGAGAUGGAGAGACAAAGGGAGGAGGAGAGGCUGAGGGAGCUGGAGAGGAAAGAGGCAGCAAAGCAGGAGCUGGAGCGACAGCUGAGGGAGCAAUGGGAGCGGGACAAGAGAGAGGAGCUGGGCCGGAGGAGGGAUGGAGAGCAGGAGGAGAUCUCUCAGCUCAGGGCCAGAAAGAGGAGCCUGGAGCUGGAACUGGAGGCUGUGGGAAACAAGCACAAGCUGAUCUCAGACCGCCUGCGCGAUGCCAAAAGCAGGAGGCGGAUUCAAAAGUCGGAACUGGACCUGAUCAAUCAGAAGAGAGACGCCCGGAUCAUAGAGAUCAAUACCCUCCAGCUUCAGUUUGAUGACUGGCAGAAGAAGCUCUCACUACUGGUCCCAGAACAGCAGAGACUGGCUGAAAAGCUCCAGGACCUGAACCUGAAAAAAUUCUCUGUCAAUCUGACGUCUCUGAAUGGGAACGUGGCAGAAAAAGGUGUCAGCUGUCGGAGACUGAAAGACCAGCUGGAUACUUUGGAGCGAGAAACCACUGACAAACUGUCUGAAAUGGAGCAGUACAACAAGGAGCUGAAGCUUGGGGAAAUGGAUGACUGUGUCCUGCGGGCUCUUCUGUCCCUGCUGGCCUGCCUCUCUCGGCUCUUCCUCCUCAUCAAGGAGCUGAGGGAGAAGCAGGUGAAACAGCAGUCGGUGCUGGACGACCUGUACAGAGUGAAGGAGGAGAAGCUGCGGGAGCUGCAGUUACUCCGUGAGGAGGAGAGGGAAAGGAAGCGGAGGGAGGAAGAGGAGGCGGCCAGGCAAGCAAAAUUGGAGCAAGAGCGGAGAGAGCAGGAACAACGAGAGCGGGAAAGGAGAGAGAAGGAAGAGGAGGAGGCACGGCAGAGGAGGCUGCUGGAGGAGCAGAGAGCCCGCCAGAGGGAGGAGGAGGAGCGGGAGGCGCAGGCUCGACUCCGGGCUGCUCAGGAGAAGGCACAGGAGGAGGAGAGGAGGAGACGAGAGCUGCAGGAGCUGGAGGAGAGAAAGAGGAGGGAAGAAGAAGAGGAGGAGGCACGGCGGAGAAAUAAAGAAGAGGAGGAGGAGAAGAGGAAGGAAGCAGUUGAAAAAAGAGUACAGCAGUUGGUGUUGUUUCCUCUGCUGGCCACCAAGCAGACCACUUACAGAGCGCUGUACGCAUUCACGGCCCGCAACAAGGACGAGCUGAGCAUCGAUGCCGACUGUUUGAUAGAGGUGGAUGAACAGAGUGUCGGCGAACCAGGUUGGUUGUGUGGGAGUUACCGUGGAAACAAGGGCUGGUUCCCUCAAAGUUACGCAGAGAAAUGCCCGUCCCCCGACUCUGCUGACGCAGCUCCACCGUCAUUGGGAGAACCAGCCAGCCCACCACAGCUGCUGGUCACUGGGGUUCAUGAUGGAGUCGCACUAAGUGACAGCGGUAUUUUGCUCCGGUCGGAACCAUCACUGUCUCCGCUGUUGGCUCGGGCUGUGUCUCCCUGGUCUCCAACCUCAGAGACGCACCUCAGCUUCUCCUCCAGCGAGGGCGACGGCAUCAGCGCGCUGCUGAGCUUCUCACAGGGCGACGUUGUCAGCGUGCUGCAGCAGAAGGAUGACUGGUGGUUGGGCCAGCUCAACGGCAGCCAGGGGUGGUUUCCCAAAAGCUAUGUCACUGUGGAGCCAGGAGGCGCCAUUGACUUGGACGCUUCAGACUCGACUGACCUGGUCCAGCUGGAAGAGUAUGUGGCUUUGUACACGUAUGAAAGCCCGGAAGCUGGUGAUCUGACGUUUGUUGAGGGGGAUGUUGUCAUGGUGACGGAGCGGGAGGGAGAGUGGUGGCGAGGCUGCAUCGGCGACAAAGUGGGCGUAUUCCCUUCCAACUAUGUGAGACCAGUGGAGCCGGAGAUCUCAAGACCCGGUGUUCCGCCCAAGAAACCCGAGAUCGCUCAGGCCAUCACCGCCUCCGUCCCUAAGAUGCAUCAACUGCAUUUGUCUCCUGGGCAGCUCAUCGUGGUGCUGGCCAAGAACUCCACCGACUGGUGGCUGGGGGAACUGCAGGCCCGUGGUAAGAAGCGUCAGCGCGGCUGGUUCCAUUCGUCUCACGUCAAGCUCCUCGGCCCCUCCAGCAGCAAGUCGUCCCCUUCCCCUCUGCCAGUGUGCCAAGUGAUAGCCAUGUACGACUACACGGCUGCGAAUCAGGAUGAGCUGAGCUUCUCCAAGGGUCAGCUGAUCAGCGUCCUGGACAAGACCAACGCUGACUGGUGGAAAGGGGAAACCAAUGGGGUCACAGGCCUGCUCCCCACCAACUAUGUUAAAAUGACCACAGAGUGCGACCCCAGCCAGAAAUGGUGUGCAGACUUGAUGACCCUGGACACGAUGACUCCUCAGGAGAGGAAGCGGCAGGGCUACAUCCAUGAGCUCAUCCAGACGGAGGAGACCUACGUGGAGGAUCUGGAGCUGGUGCUGGAGGUGUUCCACAAGCCCAUGUCUGAGUCCGGCCGCCUGACCGAAGCAGAGAUGGGAGUGAUCUUCGUCAACUGGAGGGAGCUCAUCAUGUGCAACACCAAACUGCUCAAAGCUCUCAGAGUCCGUAAGAAGACCGGGGGAGAGAACAUGCCGGUCCAACUGAUCGGGGAUCUGCUGGCCUCCGAACUGGCGCACAUGCAGCCUUACAUCCGGUUCUGCUCCUGCCAACUCAACGCUGCCGCACUGCUGCAAAGCAAAACUCACAGCCAUCCGGAUUUCAAGGACUUUCUCAAGAAGAUCGCCACUAACUACCGCUGCAAGGGAAUGCCACUGUCCAGUUUCCUCCUCAAGCCCAUGCAGAGGAUCACACGCUACCCUCUCCUCAUAAAAAACAUCCUGGAGCACACACUGGAGACCCACGCAGACCAUGGCCCGCUCAGAGAAGCUCUGGAGCGAGCCGAGGAGCUCUGCUCUCAGGUCAAUGAGGGAGUCCGGGAGAAGGAGAACUCGGAUCGACUGGAGUGGAUUCAGAGCCACGUGCAGUGUGAGGGAGCUAUCGAGCACUUGGUCUUCAACUCGCUGACCAACUGCCUCGGGCCUCGUAAGCUCCUGCACAGCGGCCGCCUCUACAAAACCAAAAGCAGCCGGGAGCUCUGGUCCUUCCUCUUCAGCGACUUCCUGCUGCUCACACACAGCGCAAAGUCCUUCUCCUCCUCAGGAACGGACAAACUGUUCGGCCCCAAGACCAACAUCAUGCUGAAGAUGUACAAAACGCCGCUCUUCCUGAACGAAGUAUUGGUGAAGAUGCCUCCAGAUCCGUCCAGCGACGAGCCGAUAUUCCAUGUCUCGCACAUCGAUCGCGUCUACACUCUCAAGACGGAGACUUUAAAUGAAAGGGCAGCGUGGGUCCAGAAAAUCAAGUCGGCAUCUGAACAUUUCAUUGAGACAGAGAAAAAGAGAAGAGAAAAGGCCUACCAAGCUCGCUCCCUCAAAACCAGCGGGAUCGGCCGACUACUGGUCACGGUCUCGGAAGCAAAGGAGCUGAAAGCGUGCAAACCCAAUGGCAAGAGCAAUCCGUACUGCGAGCUGACGAUGGGGGCGCAAUGCUACACGUCUCGGCCCAUCAGCGACACCCUGAAUCCCAAGUGGAACUUCAACUGCCAGUUCUUCAUCAAAGACCUGUACCAGGACGUCCUGUGUAUCACUGUGUUCGAGAAGGACCAGUUCUCGCCAGACGAUUUUCUGGGCCGCACCGAAGUCCCGGUGGCCACCAUUAAGAAGGAGAUGGAGAGCAAAGGCGCAGCGAACCGGCACCUUCUCCUGCACGAGGUUCCCACCGGUGAAGUUUGGGUCAAACUGGACUUACAGCUGUACGAGCCGAGCAAGUGAGA